GCUCCGCCGUCAGGUGCGGGCUGUGGGCUUCUGAGCGCCAGGUGGGGCCGGGAUCGUCGGCGCGCUAGGCGUGAGCUGGGAUGUCAGCCCUGGGACACCUUUCAUGACACACGCAGGAUUGGGCUAGUAAACCCACCAGUCCUCAUCUGUCUGACCCUGUUGGACAACUGAGGCGAACUAUGCCAUUUUUGGGCCAGGACUGGAGAUCUCCAGGAUGGAGUUGGAUGAAAACCGAAGACGGCUGGAAAAGAUGUGAUGCAUGGAGCCAGGAACUGGAGGGAGAGAACAGCCAGUGUGACAUUGGCCCCGGCAUUAUCUUAAAUAGUGAAGAUGAAGAAAUAUUCAGUAAUGAAGAGCAUGAAUAUGCAUCCAAAAAAAGGAAAAAGGACCAUUUUAGAAAUGACACAAAUACUCAGUGUUUUUAUCGUGAAAACUGGAUCUAUGUCCAUAAAGAAAGCACGAGAGAAAGACACGGCUACUGUACUUUGGGAGAAGCUUUUAAUCGCUUAGACUUCUCGAGUGCGAUCCAGGACAUCCGAAGGUUCAAUUACGUGGUCAGGCUGUUGCAGCUGAUUGCAAAGUCCCAGCUGACCUCGCUGAGUGGUGUGGCCCAGAAGAACUACUUCAACAUCCUGGAUAAGAUCGUUCAGAAGGUUCUCGGUGACCACCAAAAUCCUCGCCUGAUCAAGGAUCUUCUCCAAGACCUCAGCUCCACCCUGUGCAUUCUGAUCCGAGGAGUAGGGAAGUCCGUGCUGGUGGGAAACAUCAACAUCUGGAUUUGCCGAUUGGAGACCGUUCUCCGCUGGCAGCAGCAGCUGCAGAAUCUUCAGAUGACGGAGCAGGUGGACAGUGGCCUGACACUCAGCGACCUUCCUGUGCACAUGCUCAGCAACAUCCUGUACAGGUUCUCGGAUGGGUGGGACAUCGUCACCUUGGGUCAGGUGACCCCGACACUGUCCGCGCUCAGCGAGGACCGGCAGCUGUGGAAGAAGCUCUGCCAGUACCACUUUGGGGAGAAGCAGUUUUGUAGACACUUGAUCCUUUCAGAAAAAGGCCAUGUGGAGUGGAAGCUGAUGUAUUUUGCGCUUCAGAAGCACUACCCCACCAAGGAGCAGUACGGAGACACCUUGCAUUUCUGCCGGCAUUGCAGCAUCCUCUUCUGGAAGGACUGCCGCCUUGCUUUAUUACUCGAGGACUCGGGCCACCCCUGCACGGCCGCUGACCCGGACAGCUGCUUCACGCCUGUGUCCCCGCAGCACUUCAUCGACCUUUUCAAGUACUGAGGGCCUGGCCAGGCCCACCAUAACCUGGAGCCUGCGUUGGAGACAACGUGAAAAGGGCCUGUGGGCAGGGGCGCCUGUGGCUUCCACCUCUGAAGCCGGGUCAGGGAACCCCAGCAAAAUCCACCUUUGAAAUAGGGUCAAGGAACCCCAGCAAAAUCAUUUCUGCUUCUCUCUUUAAAAAAUUCUUCUAAGCACAUUAAAAUUUGGAACUUUGUGUAUUUGUAAAUAUGGUUCAAAAAGAGUGUGUUUUCAGCACCACAUCCUGUGCUGAACUGACACCAACAGCCAAGAAGACUAUGCCUCUUAACGCGAAUGAUGGUUUUCCGAUUUUGUAGUGAUUGGGGUGAGGGGUAGAUCACUGAUCCUUGUAAUGACAUUGUACAGAAUAUUUAUUUUUCUUAAGAUGUAUAUUAACUGUUUUGGUUGUGUCUGCACGAGUCUUCUCAGAUACAGAAGGAUCCAGGGAAGUAUGUGCCUGUCUCCUGGAUGCUCAGCAGUGGGUUGUGAAUUGUGCAGAUGGCUGAGACCCACAAGGGCCUGCUUCUGGGGCUGUGGUCCUGGGCUCGUGCCCAACGCUGACAGGCAGGACCCUGACCUGGGGGAGCCUGGUGUGGCCACUGCUUGGAAUCCUCUUCUAGCAGAGUAAUAAAUCAUGUUUGUCUACCUGUUUUAACUUUGUCAGUUUUGCAUCUUACUGAAAAAAGUAGUGUCAAUGAUUUUGAUAAUCGUUUAUUGAAACCUCUCAAAGAUAAUUUUAUUUUAAAAAUAUUGCAUGUACGUUUUAGAAAACUUUGAAAAUAAAGGUUUAUAAGAGAAUAAAACUGGUGCAUAACCAUGGCACCCAGAAUAUCUGUGCGUGCUUGCCAGAAAGCACGUUGGAAUGGCCCCAGCAGAUGCAGGGGAGAAAUGAACAGGGUCAGGGACCCGAGCCCAGUCACUUCGGCUUCCUUCUUCUUAGCAGGUGGAAAUGUGCAGUCUUGCGUAUUUGUAAAUAAAGAGUCUAUGCUUUCAGCACACAUUCUGUGCCGAACUGGUGCAGCCAAAACUAAGCUUAGUUGUCAGAUGAUAGUUUCCCUGUGUGUGAAUCAGGUGGAAGCUUUUCAUAAAACCAUCAACGGCAUAUAUAUUGUUUUCAUUUUACAGCCAGCUCUUUUUUCACAAGAGUUUGUGGAAAUACGGUUUUUAUUGGUGACACGGUACCAUGCAGCUGGAGAGAAUCACUCUGUGAUCAGCAACACUGCACAGGUGCUUACAUCCAUCUGAUGAUGCUCUCCUCAUGUCAAAUAAGCAGCAGAGCCCAGGAAGCAAGUCAGAAAUCUGCAGGGACAUUCCCAGAGCAGUGGCGACAGUGGGUGGUGGCAUCUUUCUCCCCUGAAGACGGAUGUGUGAAGAGGCUGUGAGGGGGGGCGUUUCUCCUGAA